ACCAUCAUGUGUGAGAAGCUGCCAGGCAUGCUGUUAUCCCUUCUGAUCAUCCUGAAGGUGUUUGGAGCAACAGAAGCUUCCUGCAGUAUACAUGGUUCUACUAGUGCUGACUGCAGCUACCAACGCCUCACCAGUGUUCCUCAAGACCUGCCGACAGGCAUCACUGAACUUUGGUUGCAGGAUAAUCUAAUCAGAACAUUAGAUCAGUCUGAUUUCUCACAGUAUGGGAACUUGACACAACUAAAUGUAAGGAGCAAUCAUAUUGCAACAAUCAAUAGUCAAGCAUUUUGUAACUUGUCAGAUUUAAUUCAUUUGGAUCUUGGUCUUAACCGCCUCUCAAACAUUAUCACUGACAUGUUCACAGGGCUGGGAAACUUGGAGACCCUUUACUUGACCCGUAAUGAGAUCAGUGAUAUUCAGGCUGGAACUUUCAAUUCAACACCUCAACUGAAAACCUUGUCUCUGAGUAAUAAUAAGUUAACAAGCCUCAGAUCUGACAUGUUUACAGGGCUGGGAAACUUGCAGUACCUUUGGCUGUACAAUAAUGAGAUUGGUGACAUUCAGGCUGGAACUUUCAGUAUGAUGUCACAACUAAGAACAUUGCGCCUGUAUAGUAACAAGUUAACAAGCCUCAGCACUGACAUGUUCACAGGGCUGGAAAACUUGGACUGGCUUCACCUCUAUGAUAAUAAGAUCAGUGAUAUUCAGGCUGGAACUUUCAAUUCAGCACCAAAACUUACAACCUUUCACCUGCAAUACAAUAGACUUGCAGUCCUAAAAGCAGAGAUUUUUGCAGAACUGUCAUCAAUCUUUACUGUAAACAUCACCAACAACCCCUGGCAGUGUGACUGUAGAAUGUUUCCCUUCAGGCAAGAGAUGACUGGGUCUUAUCCAUUUGAAAACCAAAUCACAUGUGAAGGACCCAGCAACUUCCAUGGACAAAAGCUUAAAGAUAUCAGUCCUGAAGAUCUGAUAUGUGAAAAGCCAGUAAUAGUGACUGGCACUGUCACUACAGCAGCCACCACUGACACAGUCACUACUGUAACAGCAGCCACAGCUAGUACACUGGCACCAAAACAACCUCGACCUGCUCCCAGUUUCUCCCUCCCUGUUCUCAUUGGGUCUGUGUGUGGCUCAGUAGCAGGUACUCUCAUCAUUGUUACCAUAAUUGCUCUCAUAAUUUGGUGCAAGAGAAGGACCCAGCACUCUCCCUCAGGCCCAACCCCUGCUGUUGUUUUCAGUAAUGCCUCAGCAAGUGUCAAAGUCAGUGGGCAUGGACAGACAGAGCAAGAUAGGGUGCAGCAGUCUACCGGCGAAUCCUUGACUGCCAGAAACUCAGAACACAGCCUAGGGCAUCCUGACUCUCAUGCGGGUCUUGAGUACGAAGAUGUUUUACUGCCAACAAGGGACACAGGGCCUAGCCAUGCAAAUCUGAGGCAACAGCCAGCUGAAUACCAGUCCCUUGGACCCAGCCACCAACCAGCUGAAUACCAGUCCCUCCAACCCAGCCAACCACCAGCUGAAUACCAGUCCCUCGUACCAAACAGAAACAGAGUUCCCAGUGACGAGCUCCCCCCACUUCCCCCUUCCCAAAACCAGACCAACAGGGAACUAACUGGCAUCCAUGACACCCAACACUGUGUGCACUCCCAGCUGAAGGUUACUUAUGCCUGCUGUACGGACAUUUCUUCAGGACACUGUCCCUGGGAACUACAGGAGAAGGAAGGUCUUUCAUCAGUUCUUGACAAGAAGGCCACAGACUUACUGUCAAGCUUAAACUUUAUGGGCACAGAGACCAUCAUGGGUGAGAAGCUGCCAGGGAUGCUGUUAUCCCUUCUGAUCAUCCUGAAGGGGUUUGGAGCAACAGAAGCUUCCUGCAGCAUAAAUGGUUCUUCUGCUGACUGCAGCAACCAGGGCAUCACCAGUGUUCCUCAGAACCUGCCGGCAAGCAUCACUGAACUUGAUUUGAGGAAUAAUCUAAUCACAACAUUAAGUCAGUCUGAUUUCUCACAAAUCUUGUCCCUGGGUAAUAACAAGUUAACAAACCUCGGGUCUGACAUGUUUACAGGGCUGGGAAACUUGCAGGACCUUAGGCUGUACAAUAAUGAGAUCAGUGAUAUUCAGUGUGACUGUAGGAUGCUUCCCUUCAGGCAAGAGAUGACUGGGUCACAUUCAUUUGAAAACCAAAUCACAUGUGAAGGACCAAGCAACUUCCAUGGUCAAAAGCUUAAAGAUAUCAGUCCUGAAGAUCUGAUCUGUGAAGAGCCAACAAUAGUGAGGUUUGUGAGGGGUGACAAUAACACAGUGGUAGAGGAAACUCAGAACAAAUCCCAGGGCAUCCUGCCUCUCAGGAUCAUGAGUAAUUGA